AUGUCGGACGACGUCGAAAAGGCCGAGAGUCGCUCAUCCAACCCCGACUAUGACAGUGCCACGACCCACGAGGAAUCGGGCUUCGAGCCGAUCCGCACGGGCGGUGCCCGCGGUGCCCGCGGUGGCUCAUGGCCGCUCCGCGAGUCGCGCUCCCUCAGCCGGACGCGGUCGCACAACGGCUACAGCUGCGACGACUAUCAACAGAGCGACGACAAUCCGCCGAGGCGGGAAUCGGAGAGAAAGGAGGAGGAGGACCCAUACGAGGUGGCCUUCGACGGCGGCGACAACGACCCCAUGAGCCCCCGCAGCCUGAGCAGCUUCAGGAAGUGGCUCAUUGUGUCGAUUGUGUCGUGCGCCAGUUUUUGCGUACCAGAGAGAAAGAAGAAGAAGAGGAAGAAGACCAAACAGAACGGAAAGAAAAGGGGGAGUGUUGACGCGUGGCACAGCACCGCUGCAAGUUCCAUUUACACAUCAACAUAUGCCCAGAUGGAUGCAGAGUUCGGCAACUCCCGUAUCGUAGGCACGCUCGGCCUGUCGGUCUUCGUCCUAGGCAUCAGCCUGGGCCCCAUGUUUCUGAGCCCGCUUAGCGAGUUCUACGGCCGCCGGCCUAUCUACAUCGUCUCCUGGUCCAUGUACGUUGUCUGGAUCAUCCCGUCGGCCGUUGCCAAGAACAUCGCGACCAUGAUCGUCGCCCGCUUCCUCGACGGCCUGUCGGGCAGUGCCUUCCUGGCCGUGUCCGGUGGCACCGUCAGUGACCUGUUUGCCCGCCAUGAGCUCCAAGCCCCGAUGCUCAUGUACUCGCUCGCCCCCUUCAUCGGGCCCUGCAUCGGCCCGCUGAUUGGCGGCUUCGUCAACUACAACGCCAACUGGAGAUGGACCUACUACGUGAUGAUCAUCUGGGCCUUUGCGCUGCUGGUCGCCAUCGGCGUCUUCGUGCCCGAGACAUAUCAUCCGAUCGUCCUUCGAAGCAAGGCACGCAAGAUCCGAAAAGAGACAGGUGACGAGCGCUGGAAGGCCCCUGUCGAGAAGUCGACAAAGUCCGUCAUCAAGACCAUCGGCAUCUCGCUCAUGCGCCCCUUCCAGCUGCUCUUCUUCGAGCCCAUGGUCCUUAGCCUCGACAUCUUUUCCGCUAUCCUCCUGGGCAUCUUGUAUCUCUUCUUCGGCGCGUUCCCGCUCGUCUUCAUCAACAUCCACGGCUUCAACUUGUGGCAAGUUGGCCUGACCUUCCUGGGCAUCCUCGUUGGCAUGUUCCUUGCCGCCGCGACCGACCCCCUUUGGCACCACAUCCGCAGUCAGCUUAUGGCCGAUCUGGAAAAGGAGACCGGCGUCGAGGGAGCCAGCGAGCCAGAGUUCCGCCUUCCGCCAGUCAUCUGCGGCGCCUUCCUGUGCCCCAUUGGCAUCUUCUGGUUCGGAUGGAGUCUUCAUGUACAUUGGAUCAUGCCUGUUAUUGGAUCCGCCAUUUUUGGAGCAGGCUGCUUUCCCGUUGUUCGGAACUCAAAUGUACACGAAACUCGGAUAUUCCUGGGCUUCGUCUCUGCUCGCUUUCUUGACGGUGGCCAUGGUGCCGUUUCCUUUCAUCUUCUUCAAGUACGGCAAGAGGAUCCGGGGUCGCAGCCGGUUUGCCACGCGUGCCUAAUGAGGAAGCGCACCGAAGUUGAGGAGGCGCGGUCGGACGUUGGCGAGCGGGCCGAAGCGACGAGAGAUUCAGCGACAGCGGGCGACGGAUCAGACACGAACGGCGCCGCACAGACUUUCCACCUUGGCGUGGAGGGCCAACAGAGGCUCGCUGAUUCUGGUAUCCUGGAUGGUCGACGGACUAUUCGUGUUGUCGCACGCAGCCUCGCUCCAGCUGCUGUUGGUGCACCCGCAUAG